AUGAUCGAAUGUUUUUCGGUUCAUCCAGCAUCCAAACACGGGCGGGCGGAGAUCGCGGCUUACUUGCUGCUCCUAUCUGCCAAUAUCAACGCUACUGAUGAUGAGGGUAACACUGCUCUCCAUUUGGCCGCAAGAGCUGGACACACGAAUCUUUGUAGUUUACUGUUAUUUUUCGGAGCGAAUCCGUUCAAUACCCGCAACAACAGACAGCAAACUCCACUUCAUCUUGCCUGCGACGCCGGACGCUUCACAGUUGUCCGUCAGUUUUCUCGUGCACUGCCAAACAGAAAUGCAGUCAUAGACAACAGGAUGGCUUCAAAAACCAUUGAGGAAGAGUUCGCACAUGCCCUACAGCAAUAUGACCAUGAAGGACAAUCACCGGUUCAGGUGGCCAAAAAAAAUGGAUGGUACGAAAUCUUAGAGUUUCUUGAGACGAAAACGUCUCUGUACUAUUCAAGAAGACAGUCGCCGUGGGACUCAAGACAUAUACGUUUAACUCUCAAAACUUUCAUUCUUGGAAAACCUGGACGUCGACGCCUCGGUGUAAUCUUCAUCGUUGUUGCGAUACUAUGCUUUAUAUAUCCAUUUUAUUGGGUCCAAAUAUGGAAUGACAUGGAGUCAUGGGAGGAGGGACAAACUUUGAAGUUGCUCUGGAUAUUUUUACACAUACCAUCCUGGUUCUGCUAUUUCAAAGCAAGCUACAAUGAUCCAGGUUUCAUUCCGACUGAAACGAACGAUUAUCAGACGGUGCUCAGAAUGUCAUGCUAUACUCGACUCCGGGUCAGUCCACAUUUAGCAGCAGGGCGAGGAGAUAAAGACCGACUGCUGGACACGGAAGAACUGGCGAGGAUUAAACGUUCCCUGGCUUCGCUGUGCCACACUUGUCAGUGUGUCAAGCCACUUCGAUCGAAACAUUGUGCGGUUUGUGACCGUUGCGUGAAGCUGUUUGAUCAUCAUUGUCCUUUAACUGACCAUUGUGUGGGUGCAAAAAACCACAUCUGGUUCUUCGGUUUGUGCGCAUUCACGUCAUCGCUCUCCACCAUAUUCGUCUACUUGCUUUGGACACAAAGCACAUCCCCCGAAAUUUCCUGGGGAUGGUCUGCAGUCUGCAAAAUUGUUUUGUUUGCAGUCUGGCUGUGUUCCACUGGAACCUUCAUCAAUGUGAUACACGCUGCCACAAGGAAUUUGACAACAAACGAAACUAUAAACUAUGAGAGAUAUUCCUAUCUUCACCGAAAGGCUAACGGGAGUUUCCGAAACCCAUUUGAUCGCGGCCCAAUUAUGAAUGUAUUGGAAUAUUUUGGGUUUCGACCACCAGUGGAUCCGAACUGCCUGGAUUUGGCUCCUUCCAGCCCUCAAAGCAUGGAAGUCUGAAAAGUAAAGAGCGUGAACCGUCUCUUCAGGAUAACCAGAAGGUGCGAGUGUUUUCCAACUGGAUAACAGCACAGUCAAAUGGAGAUCACACGUAAAAAACGAAAACGUCGGAAACUCUCGUACCAUGUUGUUAGCUCUAAA